CAUGCGCAGUAGAGCGCGUUCUGGGAGUGUCGAGGCGGCGUUCACUGACACUGUACCCGGCGUUAGACCAGCGCCAGUGUCUGCUUAACGGGUUACUAGGACUGACUGGCGGCUUAAUAACAGUGGACUGGGAAAAUACGCAAAUAUGGCUGUGGCUGCGGAACGAGACGUGUGUGUGAGAGAAAAAUGACACUGAAUUAUUUCUUCAGCAGCUUGGAGCUGAACUGAACGACCUCGGGAAUACACAGACCGGUAUCUGUCGGCUCUGGGGUCGCUUUUUGUCCUCGCUUUCACACACUUUCUGCUUCUUUUUUAAGAAAAAUAACACUGUUGUCUUUUUAUAACGUUUUUUAUUUUCGUUGUUUUAUCUGUAGUGUUUUUGAAAAAAGAAAAACAAACAAAAAAACAGCAGAGCCUCGGCUAACUGUCGUGUAUCCUUACGGGAAGACUCGGAAUAACCGACUUGUCUUUCUCAUUAGCGCUAAUUACAGAGAAAUGGCUACAAUUUCCAGAAGUGAAACACUCAAUCUCUUGCUUUCUUUUUCGUAGUGUCUGUCGCGAGCUAAAUAUUUCCUCAGAUGUGUGUUUUUUUUUCCUGCUUUGUCCCUAACUUCACCGAAUAGAUUAUUUUACUAAUAAAAGCCGUUAUUGUUAUUUUUUAAAAUAUACUCGUGUAAUUUGAAACAUGGCGGACCGUUUAUCCAGGCCUUAGUUUAACGCUGGUUUAGGUAGUAGAUGAUCCAGGUAACUCGUCCAGGUGUGUUGUUAUGAGCCCUAGAUGCCAGUCACGUGCUGUGGGCGUGUCCAUCACUGCGCGUCUCCACGGAGACUGAUGGACAAAGCGGGAAUUGGCAUCUGCCUAAGUCAACCUCAGUCCAAGUCAAAGGUCACCGGGGUCCCAAUGCUGCGGCCUGCCCUGGGUCUGGAGGGUGUGGAGGAGAGGGACGAGGAGCAGGAGGAUGAUGGAGAGGAAGAUCUGCGAGAUGGAGGGAUUCCGUUCAUUGUGAAUCGGGGAGGGUUGCCAGUGAAUGAAGAAACGUGGGAGCGGAUGUGGAGACACGUGACCCGGAUUCACCCACAAGGAGAGGAAGUGGAGAAGAGGAUCCGGGGAGUCACUGACCUACCCAAGAUUCCUGUACCUACUGUGCCUACAUACCAGCCAACCACCAGUAUUCCACAUCGCCUGGAAGCCAUACAGAAAUACAUCAGGGACUUGCAGUACAAUCAUACUGGAACCCAGUUUUUUGAGAUCAAGAAGAGUAGACCUCUCACAGCGUUAAUGGACAUAGCAAAGGAAAUGACCAGAGAAUGUCUACCAAUCAAAUGUUUGGAGGCUGUAAUCCUUGGAAUUUACCUCACCAACAGUAUGCCAACUGUGGAGCGCUUCCCCAUCAGCUUUAAAACUCAGUUCUCAGGGAGCCACUUCCGCCACAUUGUGUUGGGGAUCCACAACGGCGGCCGGUUCGGGGCUCUCGGGAUCAGCCGGCGCGUGGAUCUGAUGUUCAAGCCGCUGGAGUACCGCACACUUGCUGACUUGCUGCAGGAGUUUCAGACUGCCUAUAAGGGUUACUGGCACACACUGCGCAAAGUGAAGAUCGGCCAGUACGUGUCACACGACCCACACAGCGUGGAGCAGAUCGAAUGGAAGCACUCGGUGCUGGACGUUGAAAAGCUGUCAAAAGAGGAGCUGAGGAAGGAGCUGGAGAGGCAUACACGUGACAUGAGGCUCAAGAUUGGCAAGCCUGCACCUGUUUCACCCACCAAGGACAGAAGGAAAGACAUGGGAUCUCCUCUACGUAACCCAGGCAGCCCCAUGCGCAAGAACAGCCGCAGUGAGAGGAGGCUAUCAGGUGAGAAGAAGUCUCUGGAUCCAAAAGCCCCAGCUGAUAUGAAUGGAUACCAGAUCAGGGUGUGAGCGAGGUCUCUUAUGUUUGAACCAUACAAGUCACAACAGACAGUCUGGCAGCCAAACCUUUCUGGGUAGAUAAACUGAUAGAGGACAAAAAGAAGUCUGAAGAAGACAUUUUAAAGGACAAAAAAUGUUUUUAAACACGUGGGACAAUACACCAUGGGUGAACUGUGUCACAGAAUUGUAGUAAUGUAAAAUUUUGCAAAUGUGAUGCCAUGUCACUUUUAACAAAUCAGCUGAGCAGCUCCACUUCAACAACCACUUUUGUAGAGACUCAACUGAGUUGUAAAUUCAUUGCACUCAGCUACUUCCUAACUGUGUAAAUAUGGCAGUGUGAAUACCUGUUUAUCUUGUUCUUGUUUUUAUUUUUUUCCCCUAGUUUUUAAUCCACUUGUCAGGUGCCUUGUAAAUGCCUCACAAUCAAGCCACUCUUCUGUUAGCACGGCUCGCAGGGUUUGAGUUGCUCGACAUUCAACACAUCUUUCAGAUCUUCUGAAGACAGACAGCUGCUGGUUACGCAAACAAUCUGAAACACAUCUUGUUAUUGUUGCCUCUCUAAACCAAAUACAAGAUUUAAUGUGUGUAGAAGAGGAAAAUCCAGAGUGUCCAUGGUCAACUCGGUUACAGCGCUUGAAUAUUAUUUAGACUUGGUCCACACUAACAUGGGUCAAUUUAAAACUGCUUUUUGAAUCCACUCUUCAACGUAGAUAAAUCUGAAAAUGCCGUAGUGUGGACAGAAUAAGGGAAAACUGAGCAUUUUUGGAAAUUCUAAGAUGGCAGAACCUGUUACGAUGCUGUUUUCAGUAUUAGCUUUUUUAAUGUCUUAUUUGACUGCUUUGUAUAUUACACAAGCAACGCUGUGCCGUGUGUUUUUAUGUUUUUAAUUGUUGCAGUCCAGUGGAUGUCAGUGUGUUCGACAGAGUUACCAGUUGUACAAUAAGCAUCAAAAAGAAUGAAAAUGACUGAACUGACAUAAAGGUUAUGGGUCACACUCUCAGCAUGCCAUUUUUUCAUCGCUUAACCAUUUAAUUGUGGACAGGAAAGUUUGGAAAUUGGACUGAAAAUACCAGUGUGGCCAAACAUUAGCCUUCCUUAUCUCCACUAUUUAAGCAGCCACAUUUGACUGAGUUUUUGUUACUUUUAUAAUAGAUGUUAUUUUAAGCAUUGAAUGCAGAUGAUGAGUCUUAUUCUUUUUUUUUUUUUGUAUUAAACGUUUACAUUCUAACCACUUUCAAAUGCAGUCGAACAUGCUUAGAAGGACAAGAUUUGACUCCUUUUAGCAAAGUAAAUAUGGAACAUCAGUUUGUGAGAAAUACAAACUAGAAUGUGUUUUUGUUUAAUAGUGAAUGUCUGAUUAUCAGACACUGCAUUUCUAAUGUCACUUAAAAUGCACCAUAUACUGCAACUGUCAUUUAGAUUCUCGUUGUUAAUGAUCUUUUAACAUUGUAGCUUCAAAUGUAAAGCAGAAUGACAAUGAAUGCUGAUUUGUGUUAUUGGUGGAUUGCAACUGAAAUACACAAAUCACCACUGACAUUUUAGCCACCACUAAGCUUAAUAGACUAUACUUCUGAACAAGCCAGUCUCGCUAGCUGUUGAAAGUGCAACAAACUGUUAAUCAAGUCAUCACAGCCAAGAACACAAAGAAUAGGAUUUCACAUUUGUGUGUGUUCUGUCUCUUAGCACCUGCUUGCACCAUUUUGUGAGCCAUUUAAGCAUGGAACAAUGAUCAGAGAGUCGCCAAAGUAUUUCCCCCAGCAAAGUGUUAAAGACUGGAAAAAGUAGCUGAGUGUUAGGCGUUAGAGAGAAAAGGCAGCUCUAUUGUGUUUUUUUUUUUUCCUUUUCCACAAUGGAAGCUGUUUGCAAUUCUUAAGAACAAAGAAACUUUGAGAUCCACAGAGAUAUCAUAGUACUGUAAUGUUUGCUUUCCUAUAAGGAAAAGAUGAAGUUAGGCAAUAUGCAAACCACAUGCUGCGCCAAUGACACACACAUGAAAUCAGAAUAAACAGCUUACAUCUAGUCUGUCUUGAACUGGAUUUAAAACACGGUGGAUUUAUCAUGGAAGCCUGAACCUAAGCUGUGGGAGACAUUAUUCACUGUAUUAUUGCUAAUGCUAGAAAAUUUGGUAAUUAUGACAAAGUUUUACCAUAUAAACCAGACCAUAAUCGCUUUAAUGAUAAAAUACUUUUGAAUAGCAUACAAUCUUGUCCUCCUAGCACAUCUCUGGCAAGCCCUUAAAUGUUAUAUGUAGGACCCUGCAAUAGAGUUUCCUUUUCAGAAAAGGUUUCAAGAAAAGGUACAUUCAGCAUUUUCCAUGUUAGAAAAUAUUUUGGUGAUAAGACAGCACAACUUCAUUUGUCAGCGUUGAUUAUUUCAGGUAAUGCCCCAUGUAUUGGCUUAACUCAAGCUUUAAAACAAAAGGUGCUGACAAUUGAACUUGGAUAGAAAAUACUAAAAAAUGGAAUAUGACUGAAAUGCCAGAGGCUUGGCCCUCUAGGGAACUUGUAAAGGUUCAGGAAAGAGUUUUCUUUUCAGAAAAGGUUUCAAGUAGAAUAUAUUUACAAAGCCUGAAAUAGUGUAUGUUUAGGAUGAAUAUGCAUGUAGAUGUGUGGACAAAAGAAAACAAGUAAGUAAACCAGAAAGAUUUCUAAUGUUGUCCUGAACCUCUACAGUCCUGCAGAGUUUUAGUGUCAGACUGGAACUAAACUCUGCAUGAGAGAGAUGAAGUUUUAGAAGCAGGUUAAAAGCAAAAAUCUUCUGAACAAAAUUAUGUUAAUAGGACAGACUAUGAAGUUGAUUUAUAGGAACAAAAGAGGGGAAAUUUUCUCCAUUAGAAACUGGAAGUUUGGGGAAAAUCCAGAGCCAGAGAGAGUGUGUGUUUGUGUGUGUGUGUGAAGUUAGACUGUAACUUAUGAAGAAUAACCUGAGGAAUUGUUGACCUACUUUAAAAAUGUAUUAACCCAUAGCUCUACUUGAACAUGUGUGCUGUCCUUUGGGAAAUAUCUGCUUACACACAUGCUAACAACUUUAGGAGCAACUGCAAGUGAACAGCAAUCUAUGUUACACUGAACUCUUGUGCUGCUUUUUUUGUUUCCCUCCCUUCAAAUCACAACUCUUGUUCUUGUCUGUCUUAGCUGAAAAACCCAUGUCGCCAAACUUUGCUCUCAAAACAGUCUUUAUUCCGCAAAGAUUUAAUCAGCAUUAGGUAGAGGAAAACAAUAUUAAAACCAGUGCCUGGUGUUGUGUAAUCCGUCUUUUA